AUGCUGCCUACACCAGACACAUCUCAUGUUCCCUUCGAGAGGGUCUACGAGCCGGCCGAGGAUUCGUACCUCUUGCUCGACACACUCUCAGCCCCCUCAGAAACUGCCUUCCUGACAUCUCGCUUUGGCGGACAAAACGCUCCUGCCCCCUUGGUGGUCGAAGUCGGCACCGGUUCUGGCGUAGUCGUGGGGUUUAUCGCCGCUCAAACGGAGAAACUGUUUGGCACCCGGAAUGUCCUCACUGCGGGCGUGGACCUAAACGUCUUUGCAUGCCGCGCAACAAAUGGCACGGUCAAGUGCGCCCAAGAUGAGAAUCGGAAUACCAGCUCCAAUGCCUGGCUCGGCGCGAUGAUGGGUGACUUGACAUCUCCCUGGCGUGACGGGGUUGUAGAUAUCCUCGUCUUUAACCCGCCAUACGUACCCUCACCUGAGCUUCCAGACCAGUCGUCUGAAACUUUAAUGAUUGGUGAGAGGAAGACAACAUUCGAUGAGGACUCAUACCUACUGUCGUUAUCUUAUGCGGGUGGAAAGGAUGGGAUGGAGACAACUGACCGGUUGAUCGAGGCGUUGCCCGCCAUUCUUUCUACGAAAGGUUGUGCUUACAUCCUGCUCUGUGCACAGAACAAACCACAGGAGGUGAAGAGCCGCAUUGAAGGGUUUGGUAGUAGUUGGAAGGCCGUCACGGUUGGCGAGAGUGGAAAACAGGCAGGAUGGGAGAAGUUGCAGAUCAUUAGGGUAUGGAAGGAAGAGCAAACGUUGCCCUGA